GCUCGGCUCUGCUUUUUCCAAUCCGUUCGCUCGUGGGCGGCGAUGAACGUCUUCCGGCGGGUUUUUGCGGGAGGCCUUCCUCGCUUUUGGCAGCUGCCGCCACCGCCGGUUUCCGCGCCCGCGUGCGGCAGAAGGGUCGGCGCGCAGCUUUGUCGCGCCUCGGUGGGCGGCCCUCCUCACUUUCCACUCGGGAAGGAGCCCCAAAGGCGCUGGGAAGAGACGGCGGUAAUAGUGUCGCCUGAGUUGCGGGAGGAGGAGGAGUUCGUCUUCCCCGAAUAUGUUCCUGAGGAGCCGGCCAUUGAUGAGGAGAUGCAGCGGCUGGAGGAGGAGGAGCUGGAGCAGCAGCGGACUCAGAGCACGCGGCAGCAGCAGCCCCGAGAAAGACGCCAGAAGGCUCCGCGGAGUCACCAGGCGGCGGGGCAGCCGGAUCCUUCGCUGCGGUCGAGCGGAGUGAACUGCUCGGGAUGUGGCGCGGAGCUACACUGCCGGGAUCCGGCAGUGCCGGGUUACCUGCCCAGCGAGAAAUACCUGAGCCUGGUGGGGCCUGCAGAGCUCCUGUGGCGGGAGGAAGAUGAAGGAGAGCCGAGAGAGCCGAAGGGGGAAGAGGGGGCGGCCUGGAAGGACUCUGUCAGGAAGGCGCUGGAGGGGACUGUGUGCCAGCGCUGCUGGCUUCUGGUGCACCACCACCAAGCCCUCAAGGUGGAAAUGUCCCGGGAGACAUACUACAACCUGGUGAGCGCUGCCUUAAAACGGCCUCCUCGUCACGGACGGUCACCCCUCGUGCUCUGUAUGGUGGAUGUGCUGGACCUACCUGACUCACUUCUGCCUGACCUGUCCAAGUUGGUGGGGACCCAUCCCCACAUAUUUGUGCUAGGAAACAAGGUGGAUCUCCUGCCUGCUGACUCACCGAAGUACCUAAAGCACCUCCAAGAACUGCUGUUGAGGAAUUGUGCAGAUGCUGGCCUUGUGGAUUUGAGCCAGCCUUUAGGAACCCCAAACAAGCGGAUAAUUGAGGCACACCUCAUCAGUGCCAAGACAGGCUAUGGAAUAGAAACGCUGAUCUCCAAGUUGCAUCGGUCUUGGAAACUAAAUGGGGAUGUAUACCUUGUGGGAGCAGCCAAUAGCGGAAAGUCUACUCUCUUCAAUACUCUCUUGCACUCUGACUAUUGUAAAUCCAGAGCUUCUGAUGUGAUCCACAGAGCAACCAUCUCACCUUUCCCAGGUACCACCUUGAACCUCCUGAAAUUUCCAAUUAUUAAUCCUACACCUUAUAGAAUACUCCGGAGACAAGAAAGGCUAAAGGAAGAUUCAGAGAAGAGUGAAGAAGACCUCAGUAUACAUGAACAAAAACAGCUUAAUAUUCUCAAAAAGCAAGGAUACUUAAUAGGAAGAAUUGGAAGAACCUUUAAACCAGAAAAAAAUCAAGAAAAAUGUACAGUUGAUUUUGAUGCUGAAGCAUUGUCUUUUAGUAUGGAGGAAGAACCCUCCUCUCUGCUCAAAGCUACUACCACAAAAGUUGAACUGACAUAUAAUGAAGUGAAAGAUUGUCGUUGGUUUUAUGACACACCAGGGAUUAUAAGAGAUGACUGUGUUUUAAAUCUCCUAACAGAAAAAGAAAUCAAAUUUGUUUUGCCAACCUGUGCCAUUGUUCCAAGAACAUUUAUACUUCAACCUGGGAUGACUCUAUUUUUGGCUGCAUUGGGACGUAUAGAUUACUUACAGGGGAGUCAGUCCUCCUGGUUUUCAGUUGUGGCCUCUAAUUUGUUGCCUGUGCAUAUCACCUCAACAGAAAAAGCAGAUGCCAUCUAUCAAAAGCACGCAGGUCAAACGCUACUAAAGGUUCCAAUGGGAGGUGAAGAACGAAUGAAAGAAUUUCCACCACUUGUUCCUCAGGAAGUGAUGUUGGAAGGAAUUGGGGAGGUUGAGGCAGUAGCUGACAUAAAGCUCUCGUCUGCUGGUUGGGUUGCAGUUACGGCUCAUUCAAAUAACAAAAUGCAAUUAAGAUGCUAUACUCCUGAAGGAACACUGGUAACUGUACGUAAACCACCUCUGCUGCCAUACAUCAUUCAUUUGAAAGGGGAACGUCUGAAAGGAAGUUCAUCCUAUAAGACUAAAAGACCACCUUCUUUUGUGCAAAAUUUAAAAUCUAAUGUAGAUCAGAAAAAGUAUAAAGUAUAAGACAUUAUAAAUAACGGAAUCCCCAAUGUAAUUUUUACCCCAAAUUAGCAAAUAGAUAUUUGCUUAUUAACAGCCAUUUUGUUUUCUUAUUGUUUCGUUUUGGUAAAUUGUCACUGCGCAUUAAAGGUCAUGUUUACUUGCA